GCCAAUCUGGUAUGGCAGAUCGCAUUGUCGUCGCGUUAGUUGAUAGUGGUUCAAGUUGCGGAUGAUGCGGCUAUUCUAAUCUGAAAACGAAACGGGUCCCCAUCGGGUUGAACGUCCAACCAAUGCGUUUUCAUUCCUAGAAUUGUCGGAGCUUUUAAAGCUAGCGCAUCUUGAAUUUCACUUAAAUCGUUGCGUUUUACCACCCCCUGAGCAAACAUCGAUUCCCGCCUCCCUUUAUGGGAACAUUUAAUUGUUUUAGUAUAUCGUGCGGCUUUCAGUGUAGGUACUUAAGUGCAUUAUUAGCGAUGGGUUAUCAAUUCUAAUAAAAUACAAACACACAUACACGCACGUUUCAGAAAUCAGGAUAUCUACCCAAAAUUUAGUUUGUCGACAACGAUUAAUUUUCUGCUGUACACUGAUCAGGUGAGCUGUUACUUCAUUUAUUGCUGCGGAAAUGGCGAGAACUGCUGAUAGUUAAUUUGCUGUAAAACUGGGGUAUAAGGAAGCAACCGGCACCAAAAUGGUGGACUACUAUAGAGUCCUUGAGGUGCCAAAAAAUGCAACAACGGCUGAAAUAAAAAAAGCGUACCGAAAACUCGCUCUAAAAUGGCAUCCAGACAAAAAUACAGACAACGUCGAAGAAGCCACAAAGAAGUUCAAAGAAAUAUCCGGGGCCUAUGAAGUCCUUUCAGAUGAGUCGAAGCGAAAAAUUUAUGAUGCCAGAGGUACCACCAGGAGUUCGGCCAACAGAUCCUCAAGGAACUACAGGAGCUAUUUUGAUAUGCACAACCCAUUCUCGCAACGUGCCUUCGACAAAAAGAGACGCAUGUACGACCAGUACGGAAAAGAUGGUUUACUCAAUGGUGGUUCAAGAACUAGGAGCCGUCAUGAGGACGAAUUCGAUUUUGGUUUCAACUUCUUCUCAUUCAGAGACCCCGAGGAUGUUUUUAGAGAAUUUUUUGGCGGCAGCGGCAGUGACGUGUAUGAUCUCCUAAAUGAUUUACAUCAUCCCCAUCGUACCGAGCGCCUUCGUCAUCAUCACCACCGCAACAGACAUUCCCAUCCCCAAAAUCAACUAAGUAGCCACGGAUUGUUUUCACCUUUCAGCCUGUUAAGUGGAGGGUUUAUGGACGAUUUCUUCGGACAGGCGGCGGCUACAGGACACGGAGGACAUGGUUUUCAAUCGUUUAGUUCAGUGAAUAGUACAUUUAGCAAUGGAGCUGGAAGUAUGAGUGGUGGUAACGUGAAACGUACGUCGACGUCCACUCGGUUUGUGAAUGGCAAAAAGAUCACCACCAAAAAGGUAUUCGAAAACGGUAAAGAAACAGUGAUGUCCUACGAGAACGAUGUAUUGAAAUCAAAGACUGUCAACGGAAUUCCUCAAAGCCUCACUUAUAGCUAAGCUGGGCAUUAGCCAUAAUUGUUUUCGCGCUAUUUUCAGUCUGAAAACUAGUAUGGUACAACCACCAAAAUUAGCAAAAACCAGUCACAUGUAAUCUUUUUAUUUGAAAAAAAAAAUCAUAUUUUGACUAUAUUUAUGUAGUAAUUAUUAAAAAUAAUGUGAUUUUUGAAGUUAAAAUGAUUUCCAAUUAGGUUUCUUCAAAUGAGGGCCAGUAGCCAUCAAUAGAAAUUGUUUGUCUCAGUUUUAUUUUAAGAAGCUGUGUUUGAUUUAAUAAUAGACUUCUAUUUUUUUAUCUCUUGUUUAUAUAUUUUGAAUUUGUAUUAUAAUUUUAUUUUCAGAAUUUACUCUGUGUACUUUAAUAAGAUUGUUCGUGUCAAAAGUUGAUAAUGAUAACCAGAUUUCUAAAAAAAAAAAAAAAAUAUGAAAAUAGGUACUACAUAUGUAAUAUUUUUUUGAAUAAAUUGUAGUGCUGACAUUUUAGCAGUAAAAAAAUGGUAUUGUUCCCUCAUUGACUAGAAGGGGCAGUACCCCAUUUGAAAUAAUUGUACUUUAUCUUUUCAUAUCUAAACAAAAGUUAUCAUGCACUAUUAUAAUAAACUCAAUGGACUUGUUCAGGUUGUCCCAAUUAUAUAACCAAUUUUUACUUAUAAUGGUUUUUUGGUACCUCUUUUUCUUCAUUGGAAAAAUAAAUAUUUGCAGAAUUCAAAGUUAAGGAAUUGAAAAAUAUGAUUUGAGUCUAGGAAUAUUACAACUUUAUUGGAAUUUAGUUCAGGGCCGUAUCUAGACCAAAAUUUUGGGGGGGGGGGGGGUUAGACAAAGUGGCAAAAAAAAAUUGUUACACUAGUAAUAAAAAUAAAAAAGUAUUUAAUAAGUGUUGUUUGUUUUUAAGUUAAAUUUUUUGAAUUUUAUUAUUUUUUGGGGGGGGUUUGAACCCCCCCUAGAUACGGCCCUGAUUUAGUUCAUGCAUUCUUUUUUUCAUCGAUGUAUCCACCUGAAUCCACCAUUAUGGGACAGCCAUUCCAAUUUUCUAUGCACCAGACAAAGAUGAACUGGUCAUCAAUGGAUCCACCAAUAAAAAAAAGAAUGUGCCCAUUGUCAUGUCUGAAAAUUUAAUUUAAGGAACAAAAUCAAAAUAAUAUCCAGUAUUGCAAGUCGAUGUUAUUGAAAAACCGAUAGUUAUCUCGUAUGGCUUGAAAAUUGAUUCUUAAAUUGUGCAAAAAAAAAACUUCAGCAGGGUAUUAAAAAUACUGGAUCAAAAAAGCCAAUAUCAUGAAUAGGUACCUAAGCUAAAUUAUUGGUAACAAUCCAUCCCUAUAUAGAACUCGGAUGCCUUUUUCGAUAAAACACAAGUUGAAUUAAUAACAAAGUAGAUAGAAUAGGUACCAAAUCUAUUAUAAUUUAAUUAUGAAAAAUUUAAAUUAAACCAUUAACAAUAUGUGGAUGAGCCCCAAGGAUAAUACACUCUACUAAGGAUUACUUAUCGGCCUUGUUUUGGUAAUCGCGGCUAUACUGGUGUAGCAGUGUAGAGCACCAUUGUCAACGUGAUUAACUAAGUCAUCAGCUGUUUACUCCAGCGGUCGUACUUUAGAAUUUAAAUUUAUGAUGAAAAGUAUUAUUAAAUUUUGAUUAACAUAAUAGGAAGAUUCAGACGAAAUCCAAAAAAGCGUUGAUUUAGAAUGUUAAUUAAUGUAGUAAAACCAAGUAUGCAUAAAGCUAAAGCCCGCGGAAUCAUAACCUAUGGUGUAAACACAUUACUGGUGAGGGGCUUGAGAUUUGAAUUAAACAGGCCUUAUGAGGAUAAGCUAUCCUAUAGUAGUAGUGUGUAUGCUUAAAGCUAUCAAAUGGGUAAUAAAUUUGACAGCAAUACGCUAAGGGCACAACCCAAUAAACAAGAUAUUUUUGAGAGGAGUCAACCAAGAUUCUUUUUUGUUGAAUCAUAGUGAAAUUUCUGAAUCCAAGAUUCUGGUAGGCGAAGAAUGAUGUAUGUAGCGGAGAAGUAGUUUCUGGAAAAUCUUGUGUUCAGAUUUCAAAAUCAAUUAGGUACCUACCUAUUCAUUUACCAUAUAACAUUUAUUACCACAACACAUAACAAUUGCAGCGUCAUCUUGCCUAAUUUUGAAAAAUCAUCAUGUGUGAAUCCACUAGACUCACCAUGUUUGAGUCUACUGGACUCACGCUAGUGUGAAUACUGAGGAAUGUUUACUGGUACCUUCCUAUUAGAAAAUUUCAAACAAAGAGGAUGCCAAGAAACAACACUCUAUAAACGUAAAACUUUGCGUAUUUCUAUAACCUUGAAUGAAGUUUUUCUUUUUUAUGUAAGUAUAGGGAUUGUCCUGUAUAUUUCCCCACUUUUGGCAAAAAAUAAUCUGAUCAUUCAGUUCUUAACUUUCAAAAUGCCACUUUAUUUCGAGGAAAAAGAAUAGGUACUUAUUUAUUAUAAAAUUUAUAUGUAGAUAUUUUUUGGUUGUAGAUAUACAUCUUUAGUGAAAAGCCAUCAUGCUCAGAAAAUUAAAGAAACGAUAUUGUCUCAACUAUUUACUACCUACUAUUAGCUAAUUUAUAUGUUUGAUCCAACCAAUCGAGUCAGAUAUCAGGGCCAUUAGGCAUUUUUCAAAAAACAAUGUCUGACUCCAGGUUGAAGUAAACUUACAUUUUAUUAUUUUUAUGCAAGACUGCUAAUUUUAAAAACUAAAUGAGCUUAUUGAGCUUGUUCUAAUUUCAAAAUCACUAUAAGCGAAUUUUAUAAUUACUAUUAAUGUGGAUGGAAAUUGAAAAAUCCGAUUAUACCAUAAUAGGUGUUAAAAUUCUAGGAUAGUUGAUAUAAAAUAUUUUACCUACUAUUAGUUUUAAUUAUAGAAUUUAAAUAGUUUAAUUUUAUAUUAUUGGUGUAAUAAUUUAUGUUGUUGUUACAAUUUUUUUUGGUUUAUAUUUCACUAAAUAAAAUAUAAUUAGGUAAAUUGUAUCAAGUACCCUCAAUCCCCAAGUCGCACACAAGAAAAUGUUCAUAAAUAAGCUUGCAAUUGUGUGCACGUACAGAUUCGUAAUAAUAAUAUGCAAAUAAUGAUCAUAUGAUUAAUAAUACAAGGAAAAAUAAAGAUAUUGAUUCGA